AUGCAUCUCAUACUUACUGGAGCGACAGGGCUGAUUGGCGCGUCUGUGCUCGACAAUAUGCUUGCACAGGAGAGCAUUAGUCGUAUCUCGAUCCUGAGCAGACGGCCUGUCAAGAUGGCCGAAGGACAUGCCAAGGCGAAAGUCAUCAUUCAUACAGACUUCAACAGCUACGACAAAGUCUUACUGGAAGAUCUGAAGGAUGCACAGGGUUGCGUGUGGGCCUUGGGCGUGUCACAGAAUGCUGUCAGCAAGGAGCAGUAUGUCGAGAUAACGCACGAUUAUGCCAUGGCUGCUGCGCGCGCCUUCUCUACCAUGCACCCAGACUCGCCCUUUACGUUUGUCCAUGUCUCAGGCGAGGGCGCCACGCAGGCGCCAGGCACCUUCACAUCGCUCUACGCACGGGUCAAAGGACAGGUAGAGUCGGAGCUGCUCGACUUGGGCAAAUCGAAGCCCAUGUUCAGGGUGUACAACGUCAGGCCAGGGGGUGUGGACUGGACAAAGCAUACGGCGAUCCAUCCGUUCAUACCGCCGCAGGCUGCGUGGAAGAAGGCGAUGAUAGCGCCAAUGAAUCUAGUCUACAAGGCUAUGAUGACGCCAGCGAAGGAGAUGGGGGGCGUCAUGACGGAGCUGGCCAUGUCGCGGGGCGAAGGGUUAGAGGGCAAGGACAUUGGCAUGGAGGGGCGGCUGGUCUCCAAUGUAGCCCUCAGACCUCCCAGCCAUCGCCUCAUUUCUUUCUGGCGCGACUGCAAGUUUGACACGCCAUACGAUCAACCGCCUGCCUGCCUUCUCUGCUCGACUGUCUCUCCAGAAAUCUUCUCCGCCAUGGAUUUCGACGAGGCGCCCCCGUCGUCACCACCGCUCGCGUGCACCACCAUGGACCUCCCACCCAACCCCUUCUUUGAGCGCAAAUAUACUGCCUUCACUACCAAGUCAAGCUCGCCGCCCCCCGUGUUUUCCAGCGAUGACUCUCGCGAAUCUGUCGAUGUGAGCAACUACGAAUCCCCUCGUAUCCACAAGAACAAACGCAAGGGCGCGUGGUGGGACAGUCGCGAGUCUGCCCACACGACCCCAGAGGUGAAGAAGACGAAAUUCGAGCGCAACUUUGACUCUGGCAUCUACAUGCUCAGCGAUGCCACCAACAGCUCCGAGGAACUACCUCCGCCCCAGUACAUGUCGCCUUACAACAUGAGGAGCAAGAUGCCGCUCAAGCGCGCCCCCAAUCCAAAUGCCUCUGAUGACCAAGACAUGAACAUGGACAGUACCAGUGCUCCAACAGCGGAGCAAGCCUUCGUUCAGCAGAUGGACCAUGGCAUUGCGCGGAACCAGGAAUCCUAUGACUUUGACGGCCAGGGCCUCGAGGACAGCGAUAUUAGGCACAUCGGCAACCUCAAAACCGUCAUUAGCGACCCGCCCGUCCACGACACCGAGCUCCCCACGGCGGGGCAGUACCGAUCUCUCCUCCCCAAACUCCAGAUCCACCUCAGUAAGAACAAGCUCUGUCGACUGGUUCCAUCUCUGUUCGACCUUGCAGAUCUCACUGGUCUCUACCUGCGUCAGAAUGAGAUUGAAGAGCUUCCGCAACAAAUCAGCCGUUUAUCUAAACUCGAAACCUUGGACGUGUCUCUCAACAAGCUAAAGUACCUCCCCUUUGACGUCAUCUCUCUUCUCUCUCCACAUGGGAACAUGACCCGCCUCACUCUCAUGGGAAAAGAUCUACUCCAGCCCAUGUCUUCUCACAGAUUCGCAGUCGCCGACUACCAGAAGCAAGAGCAAGCGUCUCUUCAUCACACCGACUCGCUGCCACUCGAUGAGGUGCGGCAAGACGCAAGCAGUCAACUUGCGCACUUGUACCAAACUCUGGCGACUUGCAAAGACCGCGACCAAGCAGUCUGGCGGAUCCGUUAUUUCGAGUCCUGGACAAACUCUUUCGGUGGCGUAGAUGAUACCAGGGAAUGCAAUGUUGAACAAGACGUUGGUUUCUAUCCACACCAUCCCUCUCUGCCCUUAGAUGCUAUGAACGAUAGCCAAGUGCUAGCCCACGCACCACGGUAUAUUGCCAGGACACUAGUGUCGUACUAUGACCAGAGUGGCAACGUUCUCAAAGGAUCUCCGCGGCUUCCUUGUUCCAACGAAGAAGAAUAUCCCGUCAUUGUCGAAACCAACCAAGGUACAUACGGCGUUCCUUCUUCACCUUGGUUCACCCCUCCGUCUACAAGCAGAAUGUCCUCUCUCGUCACAGCUAGCUUAUACAGGGGACUCAAAUCUACGAACAUUGGUACCAUCCGUGCGUUCCUCGAUUCAGAUUUCCUCCCCGUCGUGGAAGCCAUCCUCUCGCAAGCAGAGGAGAAUGCCGCUGACGGGCAUGGUAUGUUCCGCAGAUGCCAUACUUGUCACAAGGAGUACAUUGUGGCACGCGCCGAGUGGAUUGAGUUUUGGAGUCGGGGAGGCAAAUUCGUUCCAUUGAAAGCCAGCGUGUGCUCCUGGGGCUGUGUACCUGUAAGCAUGGUGCAGAGACCGCAGAAAGAGUUGGCGUGGUGA